CCUGUUUGUUGUUGCAGAAAGGAGAAAGGAAAGCGCGAGGAGCCGCCGCCGUCCUCAGCGCCGCCGCGCAGGAGACGAGGAGACCGGGCCGUCGCCCGCCGCUCCUUCCCGCCGCCGGCUCCCUGUCUUCGGGCCCGCCCCAGCAGCCUGUGGGAACAUGGUGGAUUACUAUGAAGUUCUGGGCGUGCAGAGGCACGCCUCGGCCGAGGACAUUAAAAAGGCGUACCGGAAACUGGCACUGAAAUGGCACCCAGAUAAAAACCCUGACAACAAAGAGGAAGCGGAGAGGAAGUUCAAACAAGUCGCCGAGGCGUACGAGGUGCUGUCCGAUGCUAAAAAACGGGACAUCUACGACAAAUACGGCAAAGAAGGACUAAAUGGAGGAGGAGGUGGAAGCCAUUUCGACAGCCCGUUCAGCGAGUUCGGCUUCACUUUCCGGAACCCGGAGGAGGUGUUCCGGGAAUUCUUCGGUGGAAGGGACCCGUUUUCCUACGACUUCUUUGAAGACCCUUUUGAUGACUUCUUUGGGACUCGGCGCGGGAGCAGGAACCGCGGCACGGGCUCGUUCUUCUCUGCCUUCAGUGGAUUUCCACCUUUCGGAGGAGGGUUUCCUGCUUUUGAUACAGGAUUUACGUCCUUCGGUGCGUUAGGUCACGGAGGCCUCACUUCCUUUUCUUCCACGACAUUUGGUGGUAGUGGGAUGGGCAACUUCAAAUCCGUGUCAACUUCUACCAAAAUAGUUAACGGCAGAAAAAUCACUACAAAGAGAAUUAUCGAGAAUGGUCAAGAAAGAGUGGAGGUUGAAGAAGACGGCCAGCUCAAGUCCCUGACGAUAAAUGGUGUGGCCGACGAGGAAGCCUUCCUGGAGGCGUGCCGGCUCAGGGGCCAGCACGCGCUGCCCUCGCAGCCGGCCAGCACCAGCGCCCGCCUGCCGAAGCCCCACAAGCCCGCCCCGAUGCCCAGACACGCGCCCGGUGUUGGCGAGGACGAGGACGAGCCGGGCCGACCCCGGGCCAGCAGCGCCUGGGACCCCUCCGUGCUCUCAGCAGGACUCAAAGAAGGAGGCAAGAGGAAGAAGCAGAAGCACAGGGACGAGUCCAAGAAGAAGAAGUCGACCAAGGGCCACCACUGAGCACCGGGCCCGCCGCCGCCGCCGCGCAUGCGCGGGCCUGAGGGCGGGCGUUGC